AUGAAAGCUGAGAGAGGUCUCAGCAUCAACAAUCCGAACGAAUCCUGGCUGGAAAGCAAGGGAACGUGGUUCACCUAUGUAUUGCUCAUUAUAAUCGGCCAUUUGGUUAUUUUGAGCGUGCCUUUUUUCGAUACCCCGACAGCAUGGACCCUUACAAAUAUGUUCCAUAAUUUGGUAAGAUUACAAAUUCGUAGUGUUUAAUUUACCGCCUAUUUUUUCGAUCAAUUUUGUCUUGACUGGGAAAUCUGAUUUGGCUUUUGUAUCAGCUGUUGGUUUAAAAUAGUAAUUUAUUUAAUGUAAAAGAAGGUAUGUUUAGAUUGAUCAAGUUAAUUUGUCCCGAAAAACGGUUGUUAAUUUAGUGUAUAAAUUGUGAUUGUCGUAGUAUUUAUGUUUGAUUAACUUAUUAUUUCGCUGUUCAAUAUUACUGCUGGUCUGGUACUUUUUCAAGAACCAAUGUAGCUUAUUUUGGAGUAAGCUACAAUUUAACAGUUGCACAAAAAUUUACAUUUGAGUACCUGCAACUACAAUCCAAACUACACGUAUGUCGUACUGGUGGUUCCCCCUGGUUUUUCUGAUUAUUGAUGAGCUUACAGUUUAGUUUUGAUUGUUUUGAAUCAUCCAGAAUAUCUGAAAGGUUUAUAAAAAUGUGCUAGUGUAACUUCUUUUGCAAUAAGAUGCAUUGAAUUGGUUAGUUUAGUAUAAAGAGAUGUUCAGUAUAAAUUUCAGUAUACAUUUAAUAUGUAUUGACACUAGUCAUCUCUUAUUAAUUGCUUGUCAUGCUGUCGCUGUGUUAUUACGGUGAUAAAACCAUUUUGACCACAGCAAAACCUCAAUAUAACAAAGUGCCAAGGGGUUAGCAAAAUUUGUUUGCUACAAUGAGGUUUCAUUAUACCAAGGUGCUUUUGCAUAUAAUAAUUUUUACAAUAAUUGGGGUAAAGAAAAUCAUUCAUUAUACUGAGGACUUUGUUAUACGGAGGUGCAUUAUAUGAAGGUUCCACUGUAACAUGGUUAUUUAUUAAUAUCAUGACUGACAAAUAAUUAGCCCUUAAUUUUGGUGCAAAGUCUCAGCGUUAAGUUAUAAUUUACCUGUGAAAAUGCCAUAUUUCCAUGGCAACAUUUCCUGUAUUUCAAGCCAGUUGGUUCCAAAGGCUGAGUCAUUCGAAAGAAGAUAAAUGCAAAUCCAGUUUUAGUUAACAUGACCAUAGCCUGCAAAAACAUCCGUUUCUCCAUACUCUUCGAUGCUGGGAUGUUUUGCAUGGAGGAACGUCUGCGACUCAGCGACAGAAAUUCCAUACUGAUGACGCAAAUCAAUGUGUACAUAAUAAAUCCGGUAGUCAUGGGGCUCCAAAUAUAAAUUUGUCCCAUUUUACGAACGUUAUGGUCGAUUUUGGCAAAGUGUUUUGUUCAUGUGCCAACAAGCUACGGCAAAACUCAAAUGCUUCUUCUAGAAAAGACUAUAUUCCACAAACAUUGACUGUUUUGUCAGAGAUUCUUCACGUUUACAUUUGACCUUUGUGGCUUUUUGUCUUUUCUCUGUCAUUCGUAAACAAUAGCUAAAAGAAUGUAACUACUCCUUGGACCAAUCUGCGCUUCUGACCGGAAUUCAGACAGAUUUUACGUCAUAAGUAUGGAAUUUCUGUCACUGAGUCGCAGACGUUCCUCCAAGCGAAACGUCCCCAGCAGCGAAAAGCGUGGAGAAGAGGAUGUUUCCUCAGGCUAACAUGACCACUCAGAUACUCUCUUUAAAGUUAGCCCAGGAUUAUUUUUAACCAGGCUUGGGACAAUUUGGGUCAGGUUCUUAGACGCUAUGAUUGAAAUGUCAGGGUAUCAGAAUUAGACGUCAGAAUAGUUCAUCCCUUCAAAGAUCAAAUAGCCUCCAUUGCAGCUCAUAGGCAAUUGCAUGAUCUCAGCAAUAAGGUUGCCCUCUCUUUACAACCUUUUUUGUCAGCAAAAAAUUGGAGCCAGGCCUAAAGCUGAUAGAAAUUAAGCCGAGUAUUGUAGGUCCGCAUUACAUAAUAUUUAUCAAAACUGCGUGACGCACAUUAUGUUAGCUACUCAGGUCUCUAAUGACUUCCAAAAACUUAAAAAUGAGUUCAAGCAAAAAGCUUCAAGAUGGGGAAAUUAUUUUUGAAACCAAUUUUAUUUAGCCAGUAGAAAAGGUGAUCAAAAUUUGUUAGAUUGGUAAUUUUCCUUGUGUCCUAGUUCAUUCAAGACGCACAACUUAAAUUAAGCUUAGCUCUCUGCUGGGGUUUUAUCCCUAGUAAACUAGGUUCAAAACUGGUUUAAGCUGACAUUGAAUUCCACCUACAACAAAGGUGUUGCACAUAACUUUGUGAAACCAACUGAAAAAAGUGAAAAAUGAAUGAAAGAUGUUCUUCUAUUCAUAUAUAUAUGUUAAAGAUCAGUAAAAAGGCUAUUGUCUUUAGGCCUAUAGUCAUUGACAUAGGAGACAGGAUAGCCUGCAAAUACAGCUGUUUCUCCUUGCUCCUCGUUGCUAAGGUCGUUUCACCAGGAGGAUCGUCUGCAACUCAGCAACAGAAAUUCCAUACUGAUGAUGUAAAUCAAUGUUUACAUAAUAAACCUGGUAGUCAUGGGGUUUCUAAUGUAAAUUUUUUUGAUUUUAUGUUUCUUCUGGUUGUUUAUGGUAAAGUUUUGUGAUCUUUCGCGAACAAGCUCCAGCAAAACUCAAAUGCUUUUUCUGAAGAAUAUAUUCUUUUAAUAUUCAGAUAGAUUCAUCACGUUUACAUUUGACCUUUGUGACAUUUUGUCUUUUGUCUUUCAUUUGUAAACAAUAGGUAAAACAAAAUAACUACUAAGUUGACCAAUCAGAGCUCCUGACAAGUUUCCAGGCAGAUUUUACGUCAUCAGUAUGGAGUUUCUGUCGCUGAGUCACAGAAAUUCCUCCUGGUGAAACAUCCCUGACAGUGAGGAGUUAGGAGAAAUGGCUGUAUUUGCAGGCUAAAGACAGGAUGGGUGUUUAGAAGGUGAACAAAUCUGAAGCUGGUCCACUUUAUAUAGACCUCAGGCUCUGGAGUUAUUUUCAGGAGUGGACACAGGAAUGAUUUAUUAAUUACAUGUGAAUCAAAAGUUUCACAUAAUCUCCCUUUUUCUUGCAGAGCAUGUUUAUUUUUCUUCAUUACCUGAAAGGAACACCAUUUCAAACAGCUGAUCAAGGCAAGGCGAGAAGACUUACUCACUGGGAACAGCUCAACCAUGGCGAACAAUUUACAGAAACAAGAAAAUUCUUUACACUUGUGCCUAUCUUCCUGUAAGUUUCUAUACCAAUCUUGCUAAAAGAGCUUCCUGUUUCUUGAAAACCUUUCCUUAUAUAUCUAAAUAAUAAGAUUAUUGUAGAGUUCGUUAUUGUGAUUUGACUAUUUUAUCAGAAUUGGGAUAAAGUGGCAGCUUAGCUUUGGCAGUAGUGUGUCCUACUUCAGAUGUCUGCCAUAAAUUAACUAAGUAAAACAAAAAUGUGUUGAAACAAUAGUAAUGAUUCUUUUGCAAAUCACUUCAAAGCCAUUCCCCUUUGUCACUCUCUACUUUGUUUUUCUUUUUUACAUGCAAUCAUCUGUCACAGUGUAGGAUUUUAUAUGUUUAUGUGAGUGUGAGAAUGUGAAGGGUGAUAAACACCCACCACAUGUACCGGGAGAGUUGAAAAAACUGACCCCCACUCCGCGGACUACCCACUGACCCCACUCCGCGGACUACUCUACGGACUACUCCGCGGACUACUCUACGGACUACCAUGCGGACUACCCUAACUAAUCAACCAAAUUUACUUUCACGGAGAAAAGAGUUAGAAGAAGCGUACCUGCCUACAAGAUCACACUUGAUAAACAGCCGCCAUCUUGAUUUUCGCCAUUUUACUCGACCCAGCUCUCCUUUAGCCUCGCCCCAGUCUUCAUCGGCCACAAGUCAGAGCACGCCGUUCAGCCAAUCGAUGACCACUAUUGGCGCUGGUAACAGUUUUUGUUAUAUUCAGCUUAAAAAUGUUUUUAAGAACUUACUUAUAGCCGUGCUUGGAAGUCACCAUAUUUUUGGAUUCACCUGGCCCACAAGGCCCUUGGAGACGUAUUCUCCUACGUAGGGCACGCAGUCGUUAUUUGGAUCGUCACGCGAGGUUUGGAGAGAAGCGUUGCGUGACGAUCCAAGAACGGAAGCUGCAAUGGACGUAGCAAUGAAGAAGAAGGGCUGGGUCGAGUAAAAUGGCGAAAAUCAAGAUGGCGGCUGUUUAUCAAGUGUGAUCUUGUAGGCAGGUACGCUUCUUCUAACUCUUUUCUCCGUGAAAGUAAAUUUGGUUGAUUAGUUAGGGUAGUCCGCAUGGUAGUCCGCGGACUAGUCCGUAGAGUAGUCCGCGGAGUAGUCCGUAGAGUAGUCCGCAGAGUGGGGUCAGUGGGUAGUCCGCGGAGUGGGGGUCAGUUUUUUUAUAUACCGAACUUUGGUGCAUGAAGUUGGUUGAGGUUAGUUGAAUCCUCUUUGUGAUGAAUUUCUCUUUUACAUUAUGUUGUCAUUAGAGUAUUUUGACAACCUUUAAAGCAGCUUCUGGUAACUGUUUAUAUCUUUUCUUCAUUGUGUGGUAAGGUAUUAUCAGAGAAAUAAAUGAUCAAAUUUUGUUGGAAAUGUAAAUGGAACGCUUCAGUUCAGUUGGAAAUUUCUUUUGAUUGAAAAAUGUUGUUUCAUUAAUGUUUUGUUGCCUUUUAAAAGGCAUUGCUUUCCUCUUAAAAACUCAUCCUUCACAUUUAAAUUUGGUAUAUUGUAUUGCGACCACCAUGUCCGAUAUGAACAAUCAAAACAGCUUGAAAGAAAUAGAGGAAAUUACAUGGCGGCGCGGAGAUACGAAAUUUCUCUUCGAGUGUUGAAAAAUAUUUCACGACUGAGCGCAGCGAACGAGUGACAUAUUUUUUUCAACACAAGAAGAGAAAUUUCGUAUCUACAAGCGGCCAUGUAAUGUUAUAUUUAUCAUAUAAACACCAAUGAACUACCAAACCAUUUCACUUUAAUAGUUUUUUGGUGCGAAAGGCCCGAUUUAUUAUGAAGCCAUAGCAACGGUGAUAUUUUUACAUGUGAAGAUAACAUGUUAUUUUCACAUGUGAAGAUAUCAAGUUUUGGUGCCGAAAGCUCACCUGGUAUUUCAGUGGUGUUUGUGUAAUAAUACUAUAUCUUUAAACUUCUUUGAACCAUAGACCAACAACACGUACAGUGUGGAACGGCAUGCAGUGUGAUGGGAUGCGUAGAACAGAGCAUUGAUUGUGAUAUUAUCACAAAAUAAAAGAGUGAUAUUGCACAUGCCUCAAAUCCAUUAGUAAAAAUCGAAAAGUACAUUGUAAUUAUUGUUUACGUCUUGUUCGAUACACAAUUUUCAUUAAACUCGUUUCAUUGACACCAAGGCAGCUUUUACCUAUUAGGUACACUAGUUUAAUAUUAAUUAUUGGUUACAUCACACUACUUCUUCUGCAAGAAUAGAAAUACCAGGGCAAGUUAAUGUAUCCAUAAUAACUAUGGAUAAAAUUAUAGCUUGCUCAUUGGUACUCCUCCAUGGAACUCAACUUUUGUUUGUUUGCAUAAUUUUCAGGUUUAUGGUGACAAGUUUCUACACUAAAUAUGAUGGAAUUCAUUUUGUUUUCAAUGCACUGUCACUUCUUGGACUC